AUUGAAGAGUGGGGCCUGGUAUGGUACUCUAAGCUUCUUCAUCAGCAAUGUAAUAAAUCAUUUUUACCAUUUACACAAUACAACAUUCACACUCACUUACCAAGACAGACUAAUUACAAAGAGUACGGACAAGAUGGACCCUGCUAGACAUGCUAUGAUCUAUGGCCGUAAGUCACCCCCACGCCGUGAUAUAGCAUCUCCUAGACGAGAUGCCAAUACCAGAAUCACGAAGCCUUCGCGACCGACCCAACAGAAAUCAACAAAAUCGACAAAUCCCACCACACAAAACUGGCUAAGUCAAGAUGAACAGUCCCGACAAUUUGUCGCAGAUGAAGACAAAUUCGUUCUGAAGCAGUCAAAGAAGAAGGCAGACAUUCGCGUUCGAGAGGGACGAGCAAAGCCUAUCGAUCUCCUGGCAUUCAACAUACGAUACGUCGACACCGACCGCGAUGUCUUUGACGAUGACGAAGCUGAUGUCGAUAUCGACGUGCCCGCUCCCAUCUCCAUUAUCAAUGGCUUGAAAGAGUCCGAGCUUGACGAACUCGAUGGCGAUAUUACGUCGUAUUACACACUGGAAUCAAAUAAGAUGAACAGAGACUAUUGGAAGGCCUUGCAAACGCUCUGCGCUGAUAGAAGGCAGCGACUGAAGCCUAUGCGACCGGAGGAACGUGCUGUCAGCUCGGUUAUCGCUGAUGUAGAUAAGAUUUUGGGCCCAAAGAACCUGGCGCAGUUGGAGAAAUUAGAAGGCCAGAUUCAGGCCAAGCUACGUUCAGACGAGGUCAUGGACACUGAUUACUGGGAGCAGCUUCUCAAAAGCCUACAGAUUUUCAAAGCCAAAGCCAAGCUCACGAACAUCUACGAGUCGAUUAAACAGAGUAGGAUUGCACUUCUAAAAGAACGGAAUCCAGAAAAGGCCAAGGCACUCGCCGACCUGGAGUCGCUUGGAGGCACCGCAUCGAUCUCAUCGAAGGAUUUGUCCUCCAGUUCUACUUCCAAGCCAAAACAAGCUCUGGCGACAACUACUCCCGUCAGCAACCAAACUGACGCACCACCUCCGGGCACUGCUAGAUUCGCAACGGGUGGUAAUGAGGACUUCUCUCAGGCUACCAAAGCUCUGUACGAGAGAGAGGUCGCUCGAGGGAUUAGUGAAAACGAAGAGAUAUUCGCUGCCGAAGAGACUGUCCCGAGUGCUACGAAGCCGCAAUGGGCCGAGAAAUACCGGCCCCGAAAGCCACGGUAUUUCAACCGAGUGCAGAUGGGUUAUGAAUGGAACAAGUACAACCAGACGCACUAUGACCACGAUAACCCGCCACCAAAAGUAGUUCAAGGUUACAAAUUUAAUAUAUUUUAUCCUGAUCUCAUUGACAAGACAAAAGCGCCUACCUUCAAGAUCAUUCGCGAGCACGGCAGAAGAAAGGGCGAAUCGUUCGCGCCGGCAGGGGAGGAGGAUACUUGUUUAAUUCGAUUUGUUGCUGGUCCACCAUACGAAGAUAUCGCCUUUCGGAUCGUUGAUCGGGAAUGGGACUACAGUGCCAAGAAGGAUCGCGGCUUCAAGAGUAGCUUCGACAAGGGCAUUCUCCAACUUCACUUCCAGUUCAAAAAGAUUUACUACCGAAAAUAAGAGGUCCAAGGCAUUAUUCGUUGGGUGGUAUAUUCCGGUGGCAAAUGCAUGGGUCUAUCAUGUUAGGUAGAUAUCUUCCAAGUCACAUACAAUAUAAAAUUUGUGCAGUUGCUUCAAAUUUUAUUGUUCAGGCAAGCAAAACAACACAAUGCUAUUUUAUGAUGCUAGUAAAUGAAUUUCAC